CCACGAUAUGACUACCUAAAGUGCUUCGGUCUUUGUGUCAGGCCACUGUAGUCAGGUACGUAUAGCUGAUCGUCGAGGCUGAGGUAAACUAAGGUACGUACCUACCUAGGUACGAAUAAGCAAUAAGCUACCUCACCCGAGGCCAGAGAGGAUCACAACUGCGUAUUCCUCAAGCAACACCAUCCUCCAGCCUCGUGCACCUCGCUCCUACUUCUUGGCAACUACGAUCGUACUAGAUUCGUAGGUAUCUUGUCUUAAGGGGACUUUCCCCGAAGACAAAUCUUGCCAGAGGAGCUGAGCGAGGCGUUGAUGGAAGAUCUCUCAAUCUCGGAACGUUCAGCAACGACAACUCUCUCAUCUCGUCCCACCUCACGUUGUCAUCCUCAUGUCCAUCGUUUAUCUUUGCGAUAUGGUGCGAUGUAGAUGAACUGUUGAUGAUCCAGUUUGAUUCUAGACCUUCUUAUCUUAUUGUUUCUUUUCUCCCUAGACCGGCAUGGCGGUGCGAACGGGCAUUUCAAAGCGGUCCUACUACUUCCCCGUCUUCUCCCUCUUCACAACAGUCGUCCUCAUCUUCGUGCUCUUCUCCUCCCUCCUCUCCUUAGACCCAUGCCUCUUCCCCGGCAAGAGCCACUGUUACAGGGGCUACCACUCCGAAUACUCGUUCGACAUCGACCGCGUCGACGUCGACCACUCCUCCUGGAUGCAAUCCCUCCCAGACGAGACGAACCUCACCAGCCUCUCCAUCCCCGGCACCCACGACACACUGACCUUCGACAUCUGGGACGAGACGUACCAAUGCCAGAACCACAACCUGGCCGCCCAGCUCCGGGCCGGCAUGCGCUACCUCGACGUCCGCGGCCGGCUCACCAACAACUCGAUCCUCAUCUACCACGCCGACAGGUACACCGGGUACACCCUCGCCGACGUGCUGCUGGCCGUCUUCGGCUUCCUGGACGAACACCCCAGCGAAACCAUCGUCAUGCGCCUCAAGGAAGAGGGCAGGCCCUACGGCCAGAACGACCGCACCUUCGAGGAGGCCUUUGCAUACUACCUCCACAACGCCACCGCCACCGCCAGCGGCGCGCAGGACCAUUUCUACAUGCCCGAGAGCUUCUUCCCGCUGCCCACGCUGGGGGCGCUCCGCGGCAAGAUUCUGCUCUUGCAGAAUUUCCCCACCGCCACCUCGUCGUCGUCCUCUUCGGUGGAGCAAGGCAAACCCCGCAAUUCGACGUCAGGACCCGAGCCCAGGCCUGGGUCAGGACGCUACGGCCUCGUAUGGGACUCGGACGCCAUGGUCCUCGAAGACCUCUGGAUCAUCCCCAGCCUCCAACACCUCGACCUGAAAUGGGACGCCGUCGAGGCCGCCCUCGUCCGCGCCGCCAACGGCUCCACCCCCGCCGGCAAGGCCGACGACGCGCUGUACCUCUCCCACCUCAGCGCCUCGGUCGGCGUCCUGCCCAUCGAGGCCGCGGCCGGCUCGCGCGACGGAUCCGUCGUCGGCAUGAACGGCCGCACCGGACGCUGGUUGGUGGAGCAGGCGCCGUCUCACCGUGGCAGGACCGGCAUCGUCAUUAUGGACUUCCCUGGACAAGACCUCGUCGGUGCUGUUCUCGAACGGAAUGCGGUCUUGGCGGACGGGGCGUGGUCGAAGCGGGGGUUGUGAGACUGGGGGGGAGGGGUGGAGGGGCUUUUUGUCGAUCCGAAAAUGGAUUGACAAAGAACGCAACGAACUAGGGAAAGAAAAAAAUACGAAUACUCCGCUUGCGGAAUAGGUAGGUAGAAAACUAUUAUUCGACUAGACGACGGAGAACAGUCAUUGCCGUCAUGCAUCGUAUAGAUUUGCCAAGAUUUAUCCCAACGCGGCUCGGGGGUUUCCCCUUUUCCCGCUCCGCCGAGGACGAUCGACACUGCGACUCGUUUCGUAUUAUUUAAGGGUGUGUUCAUCUGCUGGUUUCUAUUUCCCGAUCGAUCCGCAGAGCCUCGAGAGAUCGGAUCGACGUCUUUAAUUUCGGG